AUGUUUGGACACAACAGCUUCUUGGGGACCCCAAAGAACCCAAAAAAGUCCUCAAGUAUGGACUUCACGCCCAUAGGCAUUAGUCGGGCUAGUAAUAACGAAAAUAAUCCCACAAGUAACAGAACAAUUCAUUCAAAAGAUCCCAAUUUUCGAAUAUCACCGUUACACAACCAUAAUUUAAACGGAUCCUCAAUUAACUAUGACGAACAGGACAAUGACACGAUAUUAAGCGAUGACUUCAUGCCUUCUGCACCUCCACACAAUAUUCUCAGCGAUAUUAACACCAAUAUACCAAUUGACAAUCACAGUCUUUUUAGAGAAAAUUUAGUACGCCAAACUGAUGUCAAUGUGCAAAAGCUAGAGACGGAGAACUUGAAUUUGAAGCUUCAAUUGACAACUCUGAAAAAUUACUUGGAUAGUACCCCGGAAGAUCAACUGGCUACUUUGCAGGAAAACAUCUCGUUAAAGGAAAAGUUGAUGCGACUGAAUGAUUUGAACCAGCAACUUCAAAAUGCCCCCGUACAGCAUAGUAGUCCCAAGUUUGAACAUGAGAACGCUACACUCAGAGCUGAUAUUGAUCAUCUUAACUCAAAACUUUUACAGAUGAGCGAUGCUAAUGAAGAUCUUGAGGCACAGUGUGAACGUUACAGGCUUCAGCUUGAGCAUUUGCACUCAUCUAUCGACGAGGGGCAGAACAAAGAACAAGAAGCACAGCAGUGGUUAAAGGAUGCAGAAGAGAAAGCUGAGGAACUCUAUAAACAACUUGAAGAAAGCGAAUCGGAGAGAAAUAAUGCUGAGAAUCAAGUUGCAUCCUAUGCAAAAGAGCUUGAGGAUCUGACCAAAAUUAAUGAUACUCUUCAAAAUGAGAACGAAUCUCUUCGAUCCCGCAUUCAGGAUAUAAAAGAACCCCACAUUGACCUCGAGGGCAGGCUUCACGAACUAACCACCAAAUUGGCUGAAAAGAACAAUGAUAUAUCGGAGUAUCAAUCGCUGCUUGACGAACAGCGAUCUAAGUAUCAAUCAGAGCUUGAUGAACAACGCCGCAGUUAUCAACUAAAGCUUCAAGAAAAAGACAGUGAACUACUAGAGAAUCAAAGAGAAAUCCAUAGGCUGUCACAACAGCUACACGAAAUGGAACGAUUGAAAUCAACAGAUGUUGCACUUAAUGAGAAGGUAGAAGAACUUGCUGCCGAAAAUAAACUUUUGCGGAAAGACAAGGAACACCUUUUGAAAGAUUUGAGACGGGUUGAAGAUACAUCAAGAACCCAACAGACCAAUUUCACGGAAGUGAAGCGUCUAGAAAAUGAGAGGGAUGAUCUUUUUGAUAAGAUAAUAAAGUAUCAAGAAUAUGUUCAAGAUCUGGAGGACAAGUUAGAGCAUGAACAAUCGAAAUCCAGUAAGUUGAAAUUGGAGCUAGAGCAUAUCAAUCAAGCCUAUUCUUCCUUACAAAAGGAGAAUUACUCAAGCGCCCACUCAUCGGAAGCUGACUAUAAUGCGUUGAAGAAAAACUACGAAAUGGAAAGGUCGUCUUUAUUGAAUGAGUUGGAUUCACUUAAAUUGGAGGUGUCAUUGUUAAAAAAUGAAAUCCAAAAGACCAAAGAAAGGGACACAUUUUCUACUCCCCUCUACAUUGAAACUGAGUAUAGAAAACUGUCUACUGACUACUCGAAUUUGCAGCGCAAACUCCAAGAGUACGAAGACGCAUACAAUGAAAAGGCUACAGAGCUUUCAAGCGUUAAAGCUGAUUUGAAUAUAAAGCUUCAACAAAAGGACACUAAGUUACAACAAUUAGAGCAAUAUAGAGACCAGGACAGAAUCGAAUAUGAGAGAGAAAAGUUAUCUCUUCAACGAAAGAGAGAUUCUUUGGAGUCUCAAUACCGCAUGAAAUCAUUGGAGGCAGACAAUAUAAGACGAGAUUAUGAAAGCAAGAUUGCUUCCCUAAACCAAGACUUUCGUACCAAUGAUAAUACACUACAAUCCCUACUUGAGACUCAGGUGAAAGAUUUGAAAGCUUCAAACGCAUUGCUGACACGAAAGCUGGAAGAACAGAUUCUUGAGUCAAAUAAAAUUAAAAACAGAAACACUGAUGUGGAAUCUGUAGCUGAAAGACUAGAAAAGCUAUGUGUUUCAAUGGAGGAGGAUAAAAAGCAACUAACUGAAAAGAAUCAAUCGUUAAGCGAUGAGGUGGACACUGUGAAAAAGCAUUGUAGUCGUUUAGCUAAUCGACUACAGGAACAACAAAAGAAUGAAGUGCCAAAAGAGGACGUGGAGCUACUGAAGUCUAAUCUUAAAAUGAAUGAAAAAAUACUUCAAGAAAAAGAGCUUCAGUACAAACAAGAGAAAGAAAAGUUGCUAGAGCGGUAUAGAGUUCUUUUUGGACAAAAACUCGAUUUGGAAUCAAGACUACAAGACCAAAACAAUCAGCUCCCUAUGUCUCCUAUUAGUCCAUCCAAAGAGAAUCACACUCCAAAAUGCAAGCUCAGGGACGAUUCGAAGAUAGCUAAAGACCUGACAAUCACUGAAAAGAGAUUACAGCUCUUCCAGUACAAAUUACUGGAGAAAGAAUCCAAGUUACAGGAUCUGAUAGUUACAAAUAGAGUUGUUCAACUUUUGAACCAAGAUCUGACAAGUUCUCUAAAGUUGCAUAUAAAGCAGAUUGGCGAUGGAACUGGACUUUAUCCAGAAUAUUCUCUCAAAAGAAAGAAAAUAACGUUCAGGACUCUUGCAUUUACAGUAUUGGCAUCCAUUCGACUGAAAAAUCGAUUAAUAACAUCUCAAGUACUAAAGUUGCGAUUCAACAGUAUCAAGAAAGAAAUUCAGCAGGAAGAACUGGAUUUGGUGUAA